AGUAAAGUUGCAACAUGUCAAGUGACAGAGAGGAUGGCAAAGAAACCAAUAGUUUGGUGAACAAUUCAACUGAUACACUGCAAGCUGGAACCAUUGGAACCCUUGAUUUCUAUGUCUGGACACUUAUAUCAGCUAUUGGUAUCAUAUUUUGUCUGAUUCAUACCGAGCAAGAACAUUUCUGGAGCUGGACAGGUGCCACAGCUGCUGAAUCUCAAUCUCUAAAAUCCAAAAUCGUUGUAUCCGUUAUGUCGGCGGUCAUUGGUGGUUGUACCAUAGCUAUUCUGAUAAAGACUAUAUCCGCUGUCUCUUUCACAUUAAUGAAGUACCAAGGAGCCAACUUCUCACACUUUGUCUCUGUUAUUGGUGGGUAUUCACCUUCGUGUUUGCCAUUGUUGUAUGCAGGAGGAAGAUGGUUUGGUAUAAUCUUGGUUUUUGUGAUCCUGAUUAUCAGUACGGUGACAAGGCAGCUAGCGGUUGUAUCUAUGGGUGUACGUCUUGUUUCUUCUAAUGCUACCAUGUCAGCGUACACAAGAGAUUAUAAGUCAUGCAAAGCUAUAGGAUUCAUAAGCUCAAUAGGGCGAAAUCUACCGUCUUCAACUUUAGAUGCUUUUGACAGCUUGCGAAAUCAGAAUGCUACCUAUACAAACGAAUACUAUGACAGAAGCAUACCCGAAGGCCUAAGGGGAGUAGCAACAUUCCAGCGCGAAUUACCCUUUGCCAAUGUAUCUUGCAAAAAGGUUGCAGAUGAUGUAACAUUCUCUAGCGUUGCUCCUAUGCGUCCUUAUUUACAAAAUAACAGUGCAUCGAGUUACGGUUAUUCGUCCUGGACAGCAGCAAUAACCGUCGUUUUAAAUCGAGAACAAGAAGGAGGUACUUCGCCUCAGUGGGUACUUUGCACCAUCGAUAUAGGGCAUGCAACUGCAUUGACAACGUGCAAAGAUACUCUAUGUCACACUGAACGUGUGUCUACAAUCACCCCGUUUAAAAGUGUAAAUGCGGAUAGUGCUCUGAUUUUCAUGACGACCAUGUUUAAAAUGGUAGUUCCAGGUUCCAGUGUUGCUCGGAGUCCGCUGGCUAGCUGGAUGCUAGGUGCCGACAUAACUGGAGAUAUAGGUAUUGACGAGAAGAUUCCCGGGGAAAGCUUAGAGAAAGUUCAAGAACGAGUAGGCAUAUUUGGUACAGUUGUCGGUCGUAUUAUGUGUGAUUACAACAAUGGAGAACCCUAUGAAGACACUGUUACAUUUCAGUCUAACUAUAUUGCUUCUGAAUAUUACGUAUAUGGUAUCUUGUGGAAAUGGCCGUUCUGGUUACUCGCGGGUUUUAUUUUCGUGGUUUGGAUUGUGUGUAUGAUUGCAUUGCGAAUUACACCUGAAAGCAGACUCAUAUCCAUAGAAUGGUUGCUCAGUCAAUAUAUUACAAGAAAUCGAUAUGGAUAUUUGUCUGGUGGUAGUCUAGUAGAGGCUCACCAAAAAUCUCUCUUGCAAGUGGUGGAUGAAAACUUUAAUGACAAGGUGGGGAAUGUUGCAAUAGUACAAUCCGGGACUUGUCAAGAUAUUAGGAAUAAGAGAGUUCUUCACAAUAGAAAAUAUCAAUAAUAAUUACCGUUUUUCCAAUUUAAUUAAAAAUUUACUUUAUAUCA